UACCUCUUUAUCACCAGUCUGUAACUCUUUAUGUUGUGAGAAUGUCGGAAUACACUGUCACUUCCUGCUUUAAAGUCCACCAGUGGUCACAUGUGAGGGAUUCUUGCUAUUGGCUUUUGGCAAUAGAUCAGAGUGAACUUUGUCUCAGUUCCUCUUUACAAAGGAAAGUAAGAUCACUGGUUUCUGAACUCAGAAUAAAGUGUUAUGUUUGGCUGUUUAUCUGUGUGUAAAUGUAACCUGAUCAAACGGAGAAGGUGCGUCUUUUAUCUUGGCAGGACAGGAAAUGAGUUCAGUAAAUAGUUGGAGUUGAUAAUCUGAGACAUCUUAAGGGUGUAGUCUAAAGGGAAGUAGCUUUGGAAAGUGCAACCAGGCGGCGGCAGCAUGGAGGGCAGUGGAUCGGAACCAGCUGCCACCCCCGGCAGCCGGACAGCCAAACACAGGUCCAUUGUGGAGCGGCUGUCCCGGUACGGCAUGCUGGUCAUGCCCGGAGCGUCCCAGCGUAGGAGGCUGCAGAGGCAGCCAGAGGUCAGCGAUGGCUCCGCUCCAGCUGCGCUUCAUGCCGACAGAGACGCUCCGGAGAGGGGCUCACUGCCACCGGCUCUGCGGAAAAAGUACCUGAAAGAGUUGCUCCUCAGCAGCUCAUUUAACAGCGUGGAAACCCUGUCCACGGAGGACACAGAGUGGGCUCUAUACCCCAUGGAGCACGCGUGGAUGCUCUUAGCGGUGGAGGGGAACUAUGAAACCAUCCUGGACUUUCUCUCCGAGGACCCUCACCUGCUGAGCAGGAAGGACUUCAUCAGCGGAUACUCGGUGCUGCACUGGCUGGCAAAGAGAGGACAGGACGAGGUGAUGCUGAAGCUGCUGCGCUUCGCGGAGCGAGCUGCGGUGCCUGUCAGCGUCAACAUGCGGGGCAGCGGCGGCCUGACCCCGCUGCACGUCGCCAGCAUGCACGGCCGCUUCGCCGUCAUCAAGCUGCUGGUGGGAGCUUUCGGAGCCGACGUGGACGCCAUGGACUACAGCGGUAAGAGACCGUGGCAGUACCUGAAGGAGGACGCCCCACUGGAGAUGAAGGAGCUGCUGGGAACCUGGGACGAUGAGCACAGCUGCGGGGAGCACUGGAACAGGAAUGGGAAUAACAACUGCUCUGGAGCUGGGAACCUGGCACCAUGUGACGAGCUGGAUGCUGGAGAACCAGAGGAGCUGACAGACUUUGGCAAAGCAAAGGCAGGCGGUUGGAGAUUUGGCUCUUUAAGGAAGCUGAUUCCUUCCUUUUCAUUUGCUGGGAACAAGAGCUGAGAAUAGUCAGUUAAAUUUACAGGGUAGCUCCAGAACCAAAAUAAAAAAACAAACUUAAAGUGGCCUGUAUUAAAUGAGUCAGAAUGUCUAUCUUGGUACGACUGAAUCCUAAAGCACACUGCGACUGUAGAGGGAAAAUAUUAAAAUUAGUUCAAGGGAAAAAUAGGGGUGGAGCUAGAUGGGGGGCCAUGGCCACCCUAAGCCAAUCAUUGGCCACCCCUACCAUUUUUUUUUUCAUAUAUUUACAUUUACUUGACACCAAUGACACUGGUUAAUUAUGCACAUAAUUAUACUGCAAUUAAAGUACAUUUAUGCUCUUUUCAGAACUAGAUUUUGUGUUAUAGGGGGUAAAGAGAAAGUUGUUUCUGCAAGUCAU